CACCAUCCAUCCACCAUCCAGCAUCCAGCAUCCAUCCAUCCAUCCAUCCACCAUCCAUCCAUCCACCCAUCCUUGACUUGUCCCUAAACAUGUUGGCCUCUAUCAGACUUCUACCUGUCCUUCCCCAUGUAAUCUACUUCUUGGGACGCUACACAUCACUAUGUCAGUCAUAAUGUGUGGUGUCUGCGAGAAUUAAGAUGAUGUGUUACCUGUACUGACAUUAGAAGGUUAAAAAAGCCACCUGUACAACUGAAGUCCUUCUUCUACAGGCAUUGAAAGGGUGAGAGCAUUGUCCUGGUGGUGUGACAUCGCCCCCUGGCGGCUGUGUGCUGUACCGGCCUGAUGCUGGAGAUCUGGACAUACUCAUCACAAGCUGUGGGGAUUUACACAAACCCUUGCAUUUUUGUCGAAAUUCUGAAUUAAAACGCAGCAGUUGUUUUUUCACAUCGUAAGUGUCCGUUAGAGUCGCAGCCCUGCAUUCCAAAAAGGAAGACGAGUACUUCACCAUGAGCUCAGACGAUGGUGACAUGGAGAACCAGGCUGAGCUGGAGGAGAAGACGAGGCUCAUCAACCAGGUGUUGGAGCUUCAACACACUUUAGAGGACCUGUCUGCCAGAGUGGAUGCUGUCAAAGAGGAGAACCUGAAGCUGAAGUCCGAGAACCAGGUUCUGGGUCAGUAUAUAGAGAACCUCAUGUCUGCCUCCAGUGUCUUCCAGACCACCGACACCAAGAGCAAACGAAAGUAAGGAGACCCUGUGAGAGCCUUUACCUGGAGCCUCACACACAUUCUAUAACCUGAGCCAACACCGUCCUGGAUGACUGGACUCCAAUGACCAACAUCAUGGACCCGUAAAUAUUGCAUACGCCUAGAACGUGUGUCUGAGUCUGCAGAGAUGGGUAUUACAUUACCUUAACAUGUGCACUAGGAGGCAGCGUUGCAUUUAUCAAAUCACAAUGUACAGGUUUCAGUACUGGAAAAUUAGCCCCAAUACAAAGACCCCCCACUUCUGUUAAGAUCCACUAAUCAGCAGACAUGCACCGCAUCGUGUGAGCUGUGGUAACCCUGAAAUCACCUCAUCACAUCUGGAUACAAAUAUGUGUUUGUUCAGAAGCCUGUUUUAGACUUUAGUCAGAUGCAGCUCAGACCCACAUCUAACUUCAUCUCUCAUCCCAGGAAGCAGAGUACUGAGAACAGCAGACCUAGCUCUUAACAGGUGCUCCCUGACGGUCCAGCAGACAGUAGUUUUAACACAGCUACAUGUGUAAACUGUGGUUGACUGAAAACUGGAAUGGUACUUACAUUAAGUGCAUAUUUAAUUUGUAUGGGGAUUAUUUUGUGCUGUAAAUGAAGUCAGAAUUGACUCAGUAGUCAGAACCGAUUACAUGUAAACAUUCAUAGAACAAUAAUGAGGAACUGACUUAAACAAAGGAUCAAAAAUGAAUCAAACAAUGGAGGAUGCAUGCGCAGCAGGGGUGGAAAACAUCACAUCAUGAUCGCUUAUACAUGGACAUUUUAAGGGUUUAGAAACUAGAAACCAUCAAAAUGACUGUUUAGAGGUACAUUUAUAUGCUGCAUUUGUUAUUGCAUUUCCAAAUUCUUUUGUACCACAUGCCACACUCUGAUAGCCAUCUGUCGACAUGACACAUAUUCCAGUGAUAAAAGUAGUAAUAAUGCUAACCCAGACUACACAAAGUCAGCUCCACAGGUAGCGAGAGAUGAACUGUGUCUAUGUCCCACACCAGCUACGGGCAGUAUGGGUUAAAAGUAGGGCUGUUACGAUACAUUUUUACAACGAUACAAGACAAUUUCCUUGGUUCAGAUAUGAUUCAAGGACGAUAUUUGUCUCAUCUAGAGCGGUAUGAUACGAUUCAAUGAUUUGAAAUGGAUUCAGUAACUUUUUUUGCC